AUCUCAAUAUCUCCCGUGAUGAAGCCGCUGUGCAUCUCCAAAGUCGCCCGUCCCAUCUCUGACCUGGCUGGUCAGCCUGUCUACACUGCCGGCUGGGGCGCGACAGAGUACGGUGGGAACAACGUAGCCGCAAUGCAGUGGGCGCGGAUUAACGUCACGAGCCGCGCUCAGUGCCAGCGGACGUACUCCGGCUGGGGCACGACCGCGGACGACACGAACAUCUGCGCCACCGGAGAGGACGAGAACGGCGGGAUCGAUGCAUGCAGGGGCGACAGCGGAGGCCCUCUGAUGGAGAGACGCCUGCAGCACAACCGACAGUCCUGGUUCGCCGUAGGCGUCGUCUCCUUCGGCUACGGCUGCGGCAACGUCGACUUUCCAGGCAUCUACACCCGUGUGGAUGCUUUCCUCGACUGGAUCGGCUGCACGGUGGCGAACCACUGACCUCUUGGCGAGGCGGCGGGAGGAUGUGUCGACGGGGUGUUGACGAGGGGGGUGUAGUUCUGAGGCAGCUCUGAGGCCAACCUCGGCAGCGAUGAGGAAUUCCUAUGCGGUGAUGAACCGUUUCCGUGCGGAACCGCCGGAUGCUAGGAGCUCUCAUCUACCUGAUAAUGUGGUGAAGCGCGCGGUGGAAUACAACGUGAGCCGACCAGCGCGAGAACCGUGGCUUGACGUGUUUUGAAACCCAGCCAAGACGCAUUUGUUGCACGCCGAAAUU